AUGUUUCAAUUUUUUUGUUUCUUUUCACCUUUAAUUUCUUUUUUGAAAUUUUUUAAUAAUAAUAACAAUAAUAAUAAUAAUAAUAAUAGUAAUAAUAAUAAUAAUAAUAAUAAUAAUAAUAUUAAUGACAAUAGUGAUUAUGAUAAUAAUAAUAUUAAUAAUAAUAAUAACAAUAUAAAUGAUAUUAAUUUCAUUCUAAUCCAAAAAAUAAUGAUAAUGAUAAUAUUAAUAAUUAUAAUAAUAAUAAAUAAUAUUAAAAAUAAUAUUAAUAGUAAUUAUAACAAUAAUAAUAAUAAUAAUAAUAACAACAACAAUAAUAAUAAUAUAAUCAACAACAAUAGUAAUUUCAAUAACAAUAAUAAUAUCAAUACAACCACAAUAAAUACAAAUAAAACUACCACAACCACCACAACUACAACUACAACUACAAUUGACAAAAUUAAUAAUAAAUAUUCAGAAUCAAAAACAAGCGCACCAUCAACAUUAAAAAGGAAAUUAUCUGAAUUAGAUGAUUUAAAAGAUAAUCCAAGAGAUAAAAAAAAAAUAAAAAUUGAUCAUUCUAGUAACGAAAUCGAUAUACAACCAACCAGUUACUCAAAAAAUAGUUCGAAAGAAGUUAAUGUAAAUAAAAAAGAAGAAAAGAAAGAAUAUACUGGUAAUAAUAUAAUUAUUCAAAACGACUUCGAAAUUUUUUUAGUUAAUUUCGAAUCAGUAAAAAUUGAUGUUAUCCAAGAAUUAAAGUUGGAUAAUAAUAGAAAAAAAAUAUUUUCCAUUAACUUAUUAGACCAUUAUAUCUCAGAUGAUGGUUUAUUAAAAAAAUUGGCCUGUGGUCAAAAGGAUUAUUUUUUAUUUACCUCUGGAAAUCAAAGUUAUACUGGCCUUGCUAAAAAUAAAGCUUGCGCAUUAUUCUCAAAAAUUAUUAUCAAAGAAUGGUUCAACGAAGAAUCAUUAGAAUACAUUGAAAAGUGGAUAACUUCACUUUACAAUGUUUUGUUAGAUCCAAAGAAAUCAUCAAUUAAUAACAUAGUGUGGGUUGUAAAAAUUUUUGGCAAUUUCGAUAGAAUUAAAUAUGAAAAUGGUUUUAAUUCAUUAAAUAGUAGAAUACAAAUGGCAAUCGAUAGCAUUUUUAAUAUUUCAAUAGAGGUUCUUAAUUAUUUUAGUAAUUCAAGAAAAGAACAUUCAAAGAGUCCACAAAAUUCAUCUAAUAAAACUCUUAUAAAUGAAAUAGUAGACACAAUCUUUUCAUUAUUUGGUUUAGUUAGUGGUCCAAUUCGUUCAAAAAAUUUACAAAUGGUUUUAAAUCUCUUUAACAGAGUAAAUUCUCCAAAAUCUUUUGAAGUCAAGAAGUUUUUGGUUAAUUUAAUUCCAUUUUUUGAAUAUAAAGAUUUAGUUAUGGUUUUGGAAUACUUCAAUUUAAGCCAUAAAAAGCUAAUUUCAAGUGGAAACUCUAAUAGUCCAAUUGAUGCUCAAUCGAUUCAAUUAUUCUUUUCCAAUAUUUUAGUAGUUGUUGAAAGAACACAAAGUUCUCUCCGACUUUACAAAUAUCCAAAACAAAAAAGAAAGAUUUCUCAAGCUCAAUUCAAUAAAAUGGUUAUUUCAAGUGGUAAUUCUCAUCGUAAUUCAAAUGGUGAUUCAAGUGGUAUUUCACAUCGUAAUUCAAAAGUUGGUUCAAGUAACCGGUGUAGUAGUGGUUCACGUGGAAGCGUACAUCGUAAUUUAAAAGUUAGUUCAAAUAAUCAGUCAAUUGGUAGGUCAAGUAGUUCAAAUAGUAGUUCAAUUGGUGGGUCAAGUAGUUCAAAUAGUAGUAAAAGUAAUUGGUCAAAGGGUGAUCCAAGCAAUAUUUUAAAUAGUAUCUCAAUAGUAUCUCAAUUAGUUAAUUAA